UUUCACAAAGGUUCAUAACCCUGCAUCUGUAGACACGAUUGCAAGAUGGAUUAAGACUACCUUACAACAAUCUGAUAGGGAUUAUACUGAAAAGGAUACACAUUUUAUUGCCGUAUGUCUCGCACAAAACGCUGGAGCGGGUUUGGCAUCGAUACUUAGUAAGGGCAACUGA